GGUGUCUUUUUUUUUUUUCUCCCCCUCUGUCGGAGAGCGAAGACGCCCCCAGACCCAUAUAUCCCGCUCAGCCCUAGGGGUACUCCUAAGCUAAGGCCACUCAGUUGGGGCCGACCCUUAAGGCAUACUGGACACACGCCAGCCUGUAGACCCUCAGAGUAUGACCUCUGAACCCUGGUGUUGAUCUUGGGACCAGCCCCUGGUGUGGGCUGAGGGGGCGGCCAUGGAGCUGGGCAGCUGCUUCAAGACCUACGAGGAUUUCAAGGAGUGCUUCAGCGCCUACAAAAAGGAGAACAGGUGCUCCUUCAUUCUCAGGGACUGCGUCUCCGUCCGCUUCCACAACCUCAACCAUGGCACCUCCAUCCGCGAGGACAUCCUAUAUGUGCAGGUGAAGUUUGUCUGUAUUCGGACUCAGUCAAACAGGAAGAGAACCUCAGAGGUGGACAUGUGCCCAGCGUACUUGCUUCUGCAGUACAAUGAGAAACUGGAUAGGCUGUUUAUCAGGGAACUCAACACCCAACAUAUCCAUGUUGACUCCAAAACUGCAAGUCCUAGAGGAGACACCGCUGGCAAAUCUCAAAAGACAGUGUGCCUGCAGAAAUCCCAGCCCGCACAGCCCACGCAGCCCGCAAUCAAGAAAGACCUUGACCUGGCCGAGAAGUCCCCUGUUGAACCAGCAUUUUGCUUAGAUAAGGUCCAAGCGCCCUCAAAGCCAGAGCAGGAGGGCAUCACUCCUUCUGACCUGGCCAAGAUAGCGAAAGUGAUGAAAAACUUUCUUAAGGUGGAUGAGGGUUCCAUGGCCUCUCUCAGCGUGGGCAACAGCCAAGACCUGGACCGGCUCAGCUUCCAGAGCAGCAAGAUGAGCGAUCUGUUCAUCCGCUUCCCAGAGAAUCUCUUGCUACACCGGGUGGAGAACGCCCAGGGCCACAUCCUUUAUGCUUUCUUGGUGGAGAACAAGGAACGAGAGGGUCGCGUGGUACACUUUGCCGUGCUUCAGGCUGAGACAACUACCUCCGUGGCCAAGAUGCUGAGUAUCUUCACGGAGUUCAACUCAGAUUGGCCCAAGGUCAGGGUGGUGUUUGUGGACCCGGCCUUCCCUUAUCGAACCAUCCUGCAGGAGAUCUUCCCUGCUGCGCGCAUCCUCCUCUCCAUCUACCACACCACCCGGCUCCUGGAGAAGAAGUUGCAUCGGAGUUCAGCAAAUCCAUCCUUUAAAAGGCUCAUGAAGGAAGCCCUCCGGGAAGCCGUGUUCGUCACUUCUGAUGCCAGCCUGCAAAAUCUCUGUCAGAUGUCCCAAGCCUUACUAGAUGAGCAGCUCUUCGGCUUCCUGCAGGCCCACUGGUUCUCCUGUGAACUGCUCUGGUACAUGCACGUGAGGAAAGGCCUGCACGCGUGUAACACGUACAUGGACAGCCUAGACGUGGUCACGAGCAAGGUGUCCAGCCUAUUCCGGGAACAGCAGUCUCUGCUGGACUGCAUCCUCCGCUUUGUGGAUUAUAUAGACUUCUUUAAUACCAAAGGCUUGAAGAACUUGCCCACAGCUCCUCCCAAGUUAAAAAGAGCCCGGCCGGCCAGCAUGCCACCAAAGCCCAAGAAGGCGUUUGGAGUCUGUGGGGGGAGCCUCACCAGGCUCCCCGUGGAAGAGACCAAGCCAGGCCCACAGUGGGGGCAGCCGCGGCAGCAGCCACAGGUGCGGCCCUCCCAGGGCAGCAUCUCCCAGGGCGGCAUGCUAGACGCCUUGCACAGCAGUGGCUCCCAACUGGCCUAUAAGCUGUGCCAUAAUGAGUGGGAGGUGGCACAGAACUCCACCCACCUGGUGGACAUGGCUGGCUCCUCAGUGGACAUUCAGCUACUGGAGGAUUCUCACCAGGUGAGCAAAGAUGGCUGUAGCUGCAGCUGUUCCUUUCAUCGGUGGUACCACCUGCCAUGCCGGCACAUCUUGGCCCUGCUGCACACCAGCCAGAAGCCCGUGGGAGAAGCCAUGGUGUGCCGCCGGUGGCAGAAGAGGUACCAGCAUCUCCUUGGGCCCAGUGGGGAGCUCCGGGACCCCAUCAUGGUCCCAAACACAGGCCAGCCUGGGAGGCAAGGACGGAGUGACAUGAUUCAGGACCUAAGCAGGGAGCUGGCAAACCUGCUCAUGCAGAGCGAGGGGCCAGAGCUAGAGGAGCGCUGUUCCACCCUGCGCAAGAUUGUGGACAUCUGGGCGGACCCCUGCCAGCCACCUGAGCCCAGUCAGCAGCCAGAGGACUUCAACGAUGUGGGCCGCCUCCCUUUCCUCUGGGGAAAGCCAGAGGAAGGGGAGGGACUCCCUCCCGCAGGAGCCACGGUUCAUGAUUGAAGCACUUGCACUGGCACAUUGGACCACAGGCCCCUAUCCUUGGAAGUGUGAGAGCUCAAGGCGGGCGGGACAUGCUAGGGGCCAGCAUUCUCACGAGGGUCUUCCUAGGUAGGGCUAGGAAGAUUGUUACAACAGGGGGAGGAGGAACCCCACUGGGUGACAGGUCCUUUGAAUCCACCUCCUUUUCUGCCCCACCUUUGUCAUUGCUUGGGAGCCUCCUUCAUUGUCAAGGCCAAAGUUAUCUCCGUGCUGAAAGGUCACCCCUCUUUCUGCCCUGACUCCUGAGAUCAGAUCUUACUCCCAUUAGAGAGAUGAACUCCUGCCCCAAGAUAGGGUGAGACAAAAUAUACCUGGUAAAAGGACCUGUUUUCGGGGAGGAAGGGACGGAGGGUGACCUUGGCUGUUGCUGCUCUUUACGAAGAUUCUGUUAUUUGUACUUAUUUUUUUUCAUAGUAAAUAAAGGUUGUGUGUUUUUAAUAAA